UAUACCCGUGUGGUCCCGGCAUAGACUAUGCCACCCGUUUUCUAUGAGUGUCGUGAGAGGCGAAUAAGAGAGAGCGAGGGGUGGACAGCAGUGUCGCUCAUAAAAUAUCUCCAAUGCCUAACUGCGGUUUCCAAUCCGCCUGCCAAGCGUGACAACUACUGGCAAAACCCUCCAAGGGGGAGGCUUUUGUUCAGCAGUGGACAGUUAAAGGCUGAAAAUGAUGAUGAUAUGCCUACUAUUAGUUUUACGACCUCGUUCACGUGUACAAAAUAGCCCAAUGUCCUCCAUCCCAUAAAAAAAUAUUAGGCAUUAAGAAUGAAUUUCUAUUGAGAGCUCGCGGUCUUUACAUUUUUCUACAACUGUGAUUUUACAUUUUAUUAUAUAGGUUAUAACGAAACUUAAUAUAGCAGUUAUUUAAUGCAGAAAGUUAAUUAUUCUGUAGUUAUUACGAAACGAUGUAAUUUUACAAUGGGAUAAUUUGGUAACAGGUGUCUCAUCACCUUAAAAAUAAAUAGACUUCAGGAAAAUUUGUUUAAUUUACUCUGAUACCACGCAAACAUCUGGACCGAUAGACUUAAUUAUUGUUCUAUUAGCUUAUGUCAAUUUUGUACACUUUGCCUUAACUUGACCAUUAACUAUUUAUAGAAUUACUCCAUUUAGACCUUCUGGAACGUCAUCUAUACAAUGUCAAUUAUAUCAACGCACGAAUUAUGGUAACCAAAUUAUAUUAAUUACGCGGGUCUCUUGUCAACAAUGUAAUAACGUGCCUGACACUUGGUCCUUCCUUGCCCCGGUGAAAACUGGUUAGGAGCGGAUGUAUCCGGUUACAGUGUCACGUUGCAGCUGUUCCACGCUGGCUGGCCAGGUUUUCUAUCUUGCAUCUUAGCGCCAUAGUUUAGAAUGUCUAUUACUAAAGGUAUCAAUCAGUAUGCAAAUUAUAUUAAGAAAAAUAAAUGUAAUUGUAUAGUAGUAAAAUGUGUAUGGCCGUUAGUAUCACUUAGUUACUACUCAUGUGAGGGUGAGGACAUCGCCCUCUGGUGUCAACAAUUUCUUAAACCACCGUAUGCCUCAAAGAUCAGAAAUAAUUUAUUUUUAUCUGUAAAUUGAUUCUUUUAUUAAUGAAAAUUAUAGAACCCUAUUUCAGGGAAGUUAUUUCGUUUCGUUUCUUGAAAAAUCGUGAAUAAGAAAAGAUAUGAGGCAACCUUUUCUAAGAAUUCCCGACACUUACGUUUAAAUAUAAUAUAUAAAGUUUUCUUUUAUGAAUGGUGUUUCAAUAUGUUGUUUUAAAGAAAUAUUAAAUGCUAUUUUAGCUGUUGUUAUGAUCGGUUGUAAUCGUGAAGAGUUCUCGACAGUCGGGUAAUUAAAAGUCAUAUUGUUGACAAUCAAACGCCCACCUUGAAGAUUAUCAAACGUUUUUAUCUAUUGACCAAUCUCCAGGAUUUGACCGACAUCUUUGACAAGCGACAAGAGAUUUUGUUUAGCAAUGCUUUUUUUUUACACCUUAUCUUGACAUUUUAAAGAGAAAGGAGAAUUGUAGACUAUAGAUUUGAACUUUAAAGUUAGUUUUUAUAAUUGACUGAAGCAACCAUUAUAUUAUUUGAACGAGACUUUUAAAAGAUAAUUAAGAAUACGCCCGAAAAUGUUUUUUUUAAUGGAUUAUAAUGAAAUGGUAACCCUGUCCGCGCUAAUGGUAUAUGCUGGCGAGACACCAGGAGAUGAUAGGUGAGAAAAAAUAGGCAGGUCAGUUAGUCCGUCGUGAUGAAUACACCUGGAAUUCAGCACAAUGAUUUCCAAGGUGUACCACGUGGAGGUCGACUUGACUAUUACUAACGAUCCCUUUUCCCCGUCCGAAAAUAUUUGCUUGUAGGGAUAAACAACCAUUACUUGUAUAGUUAAUUUUAAACUUUCGUAUUGUUGAAAAAAGCAGGUAUGUAUUUCAGUCAAAUUAUAUUUACCUGCAAAUUUUUUAUAACGUUCAGUCCCGACAGUGUAUUUAAAAUAAAUAUGUAAUAUAAAAUGAAUACAGAAGAACUGUAUAAAGAAAUGCUUUCAAAUAUCUUAAAAAGAUAAAGGAUUUGUUAGUACUUUUCAUAGAUAUUCAAUUGUUCCUCAUUUAAGUGUUAAGUUUCAUAAAUACCCUCAUUUUAUUAUUUUAGUGCGCCCCAUAAACCGUAACCAUUUCAUUAUUAUAUUAUUGUUAUAUAACUUAUAUAUUCAGUUUCGUCUAUUCUCUACAAACCUACACCCAUUCCUAAUCUAUAAAUUCAAAGUACUUAAGCAUUUUCAAGAUCAUUGUUUCUUUUAUAACGUAUUGUACAUACAGAUGGGCAAAGCACCGGGUUUAAACCCGGUGCUUUGGUAAAAACCCAAUAAACACCCAUAAACUCCCAUAAUCACCCAAAAAAAUAGGUUUUUACGUAUUUUUUUGAAAAUAUGUAAGUAAUACCAAUAAAUUAUUUUUAUAAAUUGUAUUGAUCAAUUCUACAAUAUUAAAUAAAACGUUAACUAAUAAUAUUUCAGGAAAUUUUAAAAAUCUAUAUAUAAUAAAAUGAAAGUAAUUAAUUUUCAGUGUUUUCAUGUUGCAGUUGAUCAACAUGUUGGCCUUUUGCUUCCCGUAGAUACUUUAAAAUUUCUUCAUAACACCUCGUUCGCACACAUGGCCGUAUAUAUUUAAAUUCUUGAGCCACUAACAGUCCGAAAUACUCAUUUCUUUUAUCCUCUUCUCCAUAAAUUAAGCAUUUAGAACAGUUUGUUUCUUCUUUCAGUAAAUUUUCUUUUACUUUAUCCUCGUUUUUUGUCUUUGUUGCGACGACGCUGGGUAAAUCAUCUGGACACUGGGUCUCACUAUCGCCAAAUAUAUUUGGAGAUCGGCUUCGGCUACGGCUUGGCAGACAUUUUUUUCUUUCUACAAUUUUAAAUUAAAUUUAUUAGAAUAAAUGCUUCGAACACACGCGAUCUAAGUACCUUUUGUGUUUAUUAUACCUUACCUACCUAGGUAUAAAAAGAGUACUUACGUAGAUUUUCUUUUAUUAACUGUUUUAUACGAAGAUCUUGAUCUCUCAAAUUAGCAUCCAUUUUACUUCCAGUGAUUAUCAACUAAAUUAAUAAUCCACAAAGUAUUAAAUAACGUUUUUAUGAAAUAUUUAGCACAAAAACAAUACCCUUUAAAUAUCGAUCGUCAGUAACUGUGGCUGACUUACCUAUAUUCUAGCAAGCAGGACUGCCAGAUGUGAAGGGGAAAUCCCCAAUAAAUUGUUGCAUGUGACUGAUGAUGUGAGCAUGUUCGUUUCAUAAUAAAAAUGUUGCCAGGUAACCAAAAAGUCGUAUGUUUUUGUGCGAAUUACGAUCAUAAUCUUUACGAUCGUACAUUAAAAAAUAGACAAAUAAUAGUAUGAGUACGAUUUAAAUCGUAUAUCUGUCAACCCUGCUAGCAAGACAGCGACAAAAUCACGUUGCAUAACAAUGUAGCCCAAGCUUAUAUCUUAUGAAAUAUACGGAAGAGAUACGGACUUAGAAAAAACAGAAAUGUUGUUCUUUGUGGAAGUCAUUGAUGAAAUUCUAUGUAUUUUAGCCCGCAAACUUUCUUCAAACAAAAACAGCGCCAUCUAGUAUCGAGUUCUGUAAUUAUCUCUUUGUUUAUGGAUUUGAAGUAAGACCGCCACGCAUGCAAUACAUUAUGACUGGGGAUUCCCCUAUUCGUCGACGCUGAAUAUGAGGCGACGACAAUCACUGUCAAACGUGUUCACUAUUACUCUGACUCUGGUAACGUGACUUCCUGGUAACGUGUUAGGUAGGAAAAGCAGUAAAAAAGUGCAUAUUAAGGGAGCAGAUUUGAAAUAAUAUUUAUACUUAACAAGAAAUAAUUAAAGGUUCAAUGGGGAGACCUAAAGAUUUACGCAUAUGGGAGCACUACCGUACUUUACCAAACAAGUCUGUUUCUUGCAAGCUUUGUAAUAAGGUCUACAAAUUCAGUAAUGCUGCCAAAAUGCUUCAACAUCUUAUCACUUGUCCAAAAUCUCCAGAAACAUUAAAAGACUCUAUGAAACUUAUAAAAGAUAGCUCGUCCAAAACCAAAAUGUCUGGACUGUCAGAGAUAGAGACAAAUGAUUCUUUUAUAAGCCCCUCGUCGUCUGCUAACACUACAAUAAAUGCUGAGUUUCAAGACACCGAUGAUCAUAUAAAAACAGAAUUAGCGAGAGCUAUAUUUGUAACAGGGACGCCAUUAUCGAUGGUGCAACAUCCUUUAUGGAUACAAUUUUUCGAAAAAUUGCAACCAAAAUUUAAAAUACCUUCACGUAAAGCUUUAGCGACAAAAUACUUAGAUAAAAUAUAUAGAGAAAUGCGUUUUGAGUUAAAUGAGGAACUAAAUGCUUGUAGUUACUUACACCUUCAGUGCGAUGGCUGGUCUAAUUUAAGAAAUGAAGGAAUAAUAAACUUUCUUAUAUCAAAACCUCAACCUGUAUACGUUAAAAGUUUGAAUACAGAAAGUAAUCCUCACACUAGUGAAUACCUUAGCCAAGAAGUUGAAAAAGUAAUGAAAGUGUAUGGAGCAAAUAAGUUUCUUGUACUUAUUGGCGAUAACGCUAGAAAUAUACAAAAGGCAUUCGAAUUAACAAAACUCAAAUAUCCACAUGUUGUUCCUCUCGGUUGCUGUGCACAUAUCCUUAACUUGUUGUGCCAAAAUAUUGUAAAGAUACAAGAAGUAACUGUGUUUAUUAUGCAAGCCAUAAAUAUAAUAAAAACUGUUAAAAGGAGUCAACGAUUAAGUUCCUUGUUGAUAAAAUCAAGGCAGGGUGAAGAUUCUACACAAACACUAAAAUUGCCUUGUGCUACAAGAUGGGGAAGUCAUGUUACUUCGUUAAAAAGUUUGAAAGCAAAUAAGAUAGCUUUGCAAAUAUUAACAGUUAGAGAAGAUGUGGUAAUUUCAAGAGAUAUUAAAGAUUUAAUUCUAAGUGAUGAUUUCUGGACGAAGACAGGGGAAUGUAUAAGUAUUUUGGAACCAGUCACUGAAAGCAUAUUUUACUUAGAGAGCGACCAGAAUCGUUUGCAUCGCACAUACAUUACAUUUAGAGAUGUACAAGCUAAGAUACGUUUUGCAUUAAAUGAGAUUUCGACAUUGAGCGAAGAAAGCAAACAGCAGAUUCUAACAUCAGUAUCUUCAAGAUGCAAUAUGGCAAUGAGGCCAAUACAUUUUGCAGCAUAUAUUCUAGACCCCAGGACUCUAGGAGUCGAACUUACUCAAGAGGAAGAACUUAAGGGUAUGGAGUUUAUCUACAAUUUAAGCCAACACUUAAGUUUGUCAAAUGUAAUGGCAGAUUUGGCGUGUUAUAAAGCUAAAGAAAACUUUUGGGCCAGAGGAUUUGUAUGGAGCUCAUUAGAUAGCAUUGAGCCCCUAAUAUGGUGGAAAGGUAUUUGUGGUUCCACUGAGUUAAGCAAAGUAGCGAUUCGUAUUCUAUCAGCUCCCUGUACUUCGGCAGCCACUGAGCGUUCCUUUAGUAUCCAAGGCUACAUACAUAAUAACAAAAGAAAUCGACUUACAACUGAAAGAACUGAAAAAAUUUCAUUCAUUUGUUAUAACUGGAAUCUUAAACAUAAAGCUGAAUGCGAGGACAUUCAGUUUAAUGAAGAAAAUACCUUAGAAGCUUUCAUUGAGCAAGUAAAUGAACAUAACAGUUUAGACGAAAUAGAGCCUAUCGAACCUAUACAAUUCAUCGCUUGUAAUAACUCUGAAUCUGACAGUGAUUGACUGUAGUUUUACAUUUUACUUUCAUCUCUUUCUUAAUAAACUCAAAAUCAAAUUAAAAGUUUUUUAUUCUGUAGGCUGCAUAAUAAUAUUGUCUAUGUCCAGUAUAGUGGACGUCUUGCGGCUGAGAUGACGAUGAUGAAGUACAAAAUCAUAAACACCCAAAAAUUUGGGUGUUUAUGGGGUUUAAACCCAAUAAACCCAAAACACCCGGUUUUUACCCACCAGACUUUAAACCCACCCAGGUGGAUUGCCCAUCUCUAAUUGUACAUUGUUACUGGCUAGUUACACUUCCCAUAACAACAUUGUUCAGACGGAAUUUUUUUAACCCAAACAACAUGACGAAUUUAAUGCAUCGCAAAAAGGCGGCCACUUUGAAAAUUUGCCAUUAAAAUGCGGCAGCUGGUACUUUUUUUUUUUUUGUAAAAGUUACCGCGAUGUAUUUACCACCUGAAAGUUGUUUUGCCCGCUAUCGUUAACUACCGGGUCCAUUUUUUCUUAUCACGAAAAACUCCCAUAUCUAAAAUUAAAGUAUUCAAUAUUCGAGUGUAUUUAUAAAUUUUCAUUAAAAUCGUUUGGGCGUUUAUCAUGAAUGAACAUGGUGACACAGCAUUUUUAUAUCUCUACUAAUGUUAUUAAGAGGAAAGAUUUGGUUUUUUUUUGUUUGUUUGUGGACGGAUGGAUAAACUUAAAAACUAUUUAACCAAUUUAAAAAAUUCUUUCUAUUUAUAGUAAGCUACAUUAUCAGCGAGUAACAUAGGUUGUCUUCUAUAUCCCGUGCGGAGUCGGAGUCGGGACGCUAGUAUUUAGAUAAACAAUGGAAAAAUCGUAUAUGACCCUUGAUAGGUACGUUUUGUUAUUAUUGCCGUGGGCUUGUUUCUAGAGCGUAAGAACUAGGCAGUACAAAUUAGUUAGACCUUGUAACAAGUGGGUUAUGUCCACAGUCUGAUUAUAAUGUUCUCUAAUCUGUAUUAUGGGAAUCAAUUGAUGCAGGUGGCUCUUCUUAGUAUUUGACGAUUUUGGUGAUGUAGUGGUUUAGCGCAUCGCCUCACCCACGGGGAUGGUCGCAGGUUCGAUGCUCCACACAAUAUAUUUGUAUUUACAAGUGUGACUGUUUGCAUUGUUCUACAUGUUUUCUAUGCAUAAAUGUGUAUGUAUGUUUGUCAGUCGUCUACUACCUAAUAGUACAAUCUCUACUUAGUUUGAGACGGCACUAUGUAAUUUUUUUUUAUUUAUAUUAUUUGGCAAAUAAAUAAUUUCUUAUUACACUUAGUUUAUACAUAUUAGUAGAAUACAAAUCAGCAAAGUUUCCACAAGUAAAUAGGACAUUUAACAUUGAAUAGAGAGAAAUACCAAAUACCCACUCAAUAGUAAAAAGCAAGGCAAUAUGACAGAGAUAAGGGAAUUAAGUAACUAUAAAUACAUAACUAGGUAUAGAUAACUUCUUAAAGAUAUUUCCUGUAGAUAAACUUCUUACAGUUUAAUAGAUCUAUACUAGUAAAUUUAAUAUUAUAAUUAUUGCCAGAUCUGAACAAAAAUGUUUUACUAGCAUAUUUUGUUUUUAUAUUGGGUACAAAGAAAAAGUUUUAAAGGCGUGAAGUUAUUCGUGGGCAUCUAAAAUUAAUAUUUAAUUAAGAUUUAAUAUUUAUUUAUUUUUAUUUUUUUUAUACAAGUUAGAAUGGCAAACAAGCUUAUGUUCUACUUGACGGAAAGUGGUAACCGUCGCCUAUAUCGUCAUAGUCGUAGAAUAUUGACGGAUCUAUAUAUGUAAUAUUUGUCAGAUCCGUCAGUAUUCUACGACUAUGACGAUAUGUCCAAUGGUAUUUAUUUAUAACUAACUUUUACUCGCAACUUUGUCCAGCGUGACCAAGAUACAUGUUAAAUCCCCUUCUCCAUUCUAUGGGAUAGUACGUGUAAACCAGGGGAAAGAAGUUAUUACUAAUUAGCUCUAAUAGCCCCCAUUGCUAGCAAUGUACCUUAUCAGGUGGGUGACCUCCUCCACGUAGUUCAUUCUGGAAAUCAUCAUGGUCAAUUCUUGUACAAUGUCACGAUGGCCUAACUGGCCUAUUUUCAUCCUCACCUAUCGUCUUUCAGUGGUGCCCUGCCAGCGUAUACCGAUAGCGCAGAGUUAGGGUUGCCAUUCUAUUCCCAUUAAAAAAAAGUAGGUGUAUACCAAACUUCAUAGUCAAUCAUUGUGAAGUUAAGGCGUUAAGAGGUAACAAACAAACAGUCAAGUUUUUUUUCAUAUUGUUCAUAAUCUUCAUGCCCAAUUAUCCCAAUUAUUUGGGGGAGGGCAUAAUAUGUUUAAUAAUAUGUCAUAACUAGCGACCCGCCCCGUCUUCGCACUGGCGCAAUGCUGAUACUAAAUAGCGUCGCCGGCCCCCCAUUACGUUACGACAUUACAUUAGAAACCUCUAAAAUUAUCAGUGUUCCUCUACUUACUAUAUUAUGCAUGUAUUAUACAUAUAAACCUUCCUCUUUAAUCACUCUAUCUAUUAAAAAAAAUAUGCAUCAAAACCCGUUGUGUAGUUUUAAAGAUCUGAGCAUACAUAGAGACAGACAUGAAUCGACUUUGUUUUAUACUAAGUAGUGAUGAUAUUAUAUAAUAUUAAUAAAAAUUAUAUAAUUUUUUUUAUGCAACCUAAAAUGGCAAACAAGCUGACGGCCCACCUGAUGUAAAGUGGUAACCCUCGCCUAUAGACAUGAGCAGUACCAUGGACAUAACAGAGUAUACUGUUUCACCCAUGAUACCCUCCAUUGCGUUGCCAUUCCUGAGGACUCGGGUGUUAUUCCUCUAUAUCCUGUAAAUUCACGCCAUAUCUCUAUCAUAUAUUUCAAACCGAAACACAGCCAUGCAAACACAACUGCUUCACGGUAGAAACACGAAUGGGACAGAGGCACCCAAGCAAUAGACUUUUGUACAAAGUCUCCCUCUGGUAAUUUAUAUAUUAUUAACUUUUAAAGCCAAUAAGAAUUUUUACAUCUUAGUUCACUUCUCUUUUUUUUUUUUUUUAAUUAGACGUUGUAAACUAGUUUUAUUUGUUAAUGCUUGUGUAUAACCACUGUGGAAAAUAGGUCUGUAAUUAUGAAAAGAAAUCAAUACAGUUGCCACUCUCCGCAAACAUACAUUACCACGCUCCGUUAUGUUAUAUCAUCCGGCGACCUUCUGCCUCGCUAUCGUGUCGUGGUAUUAUUGAAUAAAGAGCAUUAUUUAUACGGUUGCAUGUCUAUCACGUUAUCUACUUGUAGAUGCAUUUCCUUAAAUAUUGAGUUUAAAAUAAAUUUGCCCUUUAUAGGAUAAGGUAUCGGUGAUAUUGCUCGGUUGUCUGAGAAGGGUGUCGUUCGAUGCGCUUUAAUGGGAAGGAGGGUGCUUAAUACCUACUCGCUUAUUUUUUUAUUUAAUUUAUUUAUUCUUUAUUGACCACAUUACAAAAAAAUAUUGGUACAAAAGGCAGACUUUAUGCUAUAUAGCAUUCUCUCCCAGUUAACAUUUUUUUUAUAUAUAUGAGUUUCCUCUUGUCGGUGCAACUUAAUUCAUGCAUUAUCUUCCAGCCAGCUCUAUUCCAGGCCAUAUCUCUGACCUCCCUAUACGACAUGACGCCUAGUGUUUCCUUUAUCUGUCCCAUAUUUGUUUCUCGGUUUAUCCUUUCUCUUUUGCAUUAUGUUUUUCCUGCUAAUAUGCUCUUUAAAAAAUUGACAUUUCGUAUAAGAACUUCCAUGGUAAUAAUAUAAAUAUAAAAAAUACAGUAAUUCAAUUAAAAAAAUAAAUAUCUAUUUCUACAUAUCCUUACUAUUAUUAUAAAUGUGAAUGUGAGUUCAUUUGAUUGUUUGUUUGUAACACCAUAGCGCUUGAAUGGUUCGACAUAUGGCCAUUAAAAUUGGUAUAUACAUACUGUAUAGGAUGGGUUACUAUUUAUCCCGGUCACGCGGUCUAAAUUGCGGGUAAAUGCUAGUAAUUCAAUAUUUUCCUUCCUCUGUAAAUAAUCCAGUCCAAAAUAGAAACAUCUCUUUUAUAAAGUCGGUUGUUUUAAUAUUACAGCAGUAAAUAAACAAACGGUUACGGCGGCCUACAUUAUAAUCAAAUAUAAUUAUAAUUUCUCUUGCAUCCUUGAAUUUCUCUUUGACUUAAUCCCUUGAUGUACAAAAUAUUCUAUCAGGUGCUUAUAAUACAGAUUCUUAAUGAAAUAGACAAUAAACUGUGUUACCAGUGUAA